AAUUGUUGGUUAUGUUACUUUUAUUUAAUAAAAGGAUUAAUAUUAAAUAAUAAUGAAUUUACUAGGCAUUAAACAUAAUACUUGAUUCACUUCAAUCAAAACAUACACAUUUGGAAUACUGAAUAUCUACAAUGUCUUCCGGACGAAAAUGCAAAAAUUGCGGGGGCUCCGACAUCGAAGUCGACCCCGCAAGAGGAGACGCCGUGUGCACAGCCUGCGGUUCGGUGCUGGAAGAUAGCAUCAUCGUGGCUGAAAUCCAGUUCGAAGAAGGCGCUCACGGAACGUCCAGUGCAAUCGGUCAGUUCGUUUCGUCCGAUUCCAAAGGCGGAGCCACCAAGUUUGGGGCCUCUUUCCACGUAGGCGACAGCGUCGAAUCCAGGGAGAUAACGUUGAAGAAAGCUAAACAUGGCAUUUCGAUUUUGUGCAGCCAGCUGAAGCUAAACCAGCAUUGCACUGACACUGCUUGUAGUUUUUUCAAAAUGGCUUUAUCGAGGAAUUUAACCAGAGGUCGGAGAAAUACCCACGUACAUGCUGCUUGCGUGUAUUUAACUUGCCGGAUCGAAGGCACCGCGCAUUUGUUAAUAGACAUUAGUGACGUACUGCAAAUUUGUUGUUACGAGUUAGGUAGGACGUAUUUAAGACUUUCGCAGGCUUUAUGUAUUAAUAUCCCGGCGGUAGAUCCUUGUUUGUAUAUACUCCGAUUCGCUGCUAAGUUACAGUUCGGUUCUAAAACCCAACAAGUGGCUAACACAGCAUUAAGAUUAGUCCAACGAAUGAAGAGAGAUUCUAUCCAUACGGGAAGAAGACCUUCCGGAUUAUGUGGUGCAGCUCUAUUAAUGGCAGCUAGACUACAUGAAUUUAAUAGAUCACCUACCGAUAUAAUAAAAAUAGUUAAAGUACACGAAUCGACGUUAAGAAGAAGAUUAAUCGAGUUCGGAGAUACGCCAAGCAGCGCUCUAACAUUAGAAGAAUUCAUGACAGUCGACUUGGAGGAAGAACAAGACCCUCCAUCGUUCAAAGUAGCCAGAAAAAAAGACAAAGAAAGGCUACAAAAACUUUUCGAAGAAGAAGCCGACAAUUUCACCAAUCUUCAAAAACAAAUAGAGCAACAAUUAGAAAACAAGAAAACCUUCGAGCCGAUUAAACGAAGCAAAUCGAACAAAGAAGACGAGGAAACGAACAUCUUCAUCCGCGAAUCCACCCUGGGCGCUAUACAGGAGAUCAUGGAAGAGGCCACCGACGAGCCCGAGGAGCCCGUUGUGGAAGUAGGACCGGACAUAUCCAGCCUCGGCCUGCCGAACUCCCUGGACGACACCUCCAACGCGUACGUGCCGGCGCCCGAAAUCGAUCUCGACAUGAACUUCGACGACGUCGACGACGCCGAAAUCGACGCCUACAUAAUGAGCGAGCACGAGUGCGAGAACAAGAAGGUGCUGUGGCACAAGCGCAACGAGGCCUACCUGGCCGAGCAGAAGCUCAAGGCGCAGAAGCUGCAGAAGGAGCGCGAAGAGGGCAAGCCGGACAAGAAGAAGAAAAAGACGGCCAAGAAGAAGGCCAUCGGGCCGCUGAAUUCGGCCGGCGAGGCCAUCGAGAAGAUCCUGCAGGAGAAGAAGGUGUCGACGAAAAUCAAUUACGACGUGCUGAAGAGCCUGAACGUGGUGCCGGCGCAACCGGAGGUCGUGGCUGUCAGCGAGGAGGAUAGCGUGAAAACUUCGGAGUCGAUUAAACGAAGGAGGUUGUCUUCGAUGUCGAACUAUCGCGAGCAAGGGCCCGAGAAGGGUGUCAAAAGGAAACCGAAAAGUUCCGCGGGAUUGCCAGUUUUUGAUGAUAACAGUAAUAAAAACGCGAUUAAAGAUCCCAGUAAGGAAUCGAUUAAGAUCCAAAAGAAGGAUGAUUUGGUUGGAAUGUCUGAUGAAGAGGAGGAAUAUUAUGAUGAAGAACCGGCCGGGGAGGAAACUACUAAUGAAAUAGGCGUUUUGCAGAUGUUGAGGCAACAUAGGGAAAACGAAGAAGAUGCAGAUGAAUAUAAUUAUGGGUAUUUUGAAGACACCGAUUACUAGGAGCUCUCUUAAAACAGGUAUGCAGGGAGGGUAACUGUUGAGACACCUCUUGUAUUGGCCACCUUGAUUGUGAUUAUUUUCUAUUUUGUACACUUUAUUUAUGGAUUAAUUAUGUUUGUGGUUAAUAAAUUAAUUUACA